CGUGUAUCUCUCAUCUCAAAGUGCGGCGCAUAAUUCACUCAAAGAACGACGUUUUUUUCUCGCAGCGUAUAAGUGCUUGAAUUUUGUCGAUUUUCGGGUGUAAUAUAUACUUAGCUUAAGUUGAAUUAGUUUAAUAAAAUGUCGUUUGCGGAAAAGAUAACGAGUCUGCUGGCGCGUCCAAAUCAACAAGAACCAACGGGCGGUCCAGAGGCGCCAUGGUAUUUGAAAUAUGGCAGCAGACUGCUGGGCAUUGUGGGGGCAUUUUUUGCCAUACUCUUCGGCCUGUGGAAUGUGCUGUCCAUCAUCACGCUCAGCGUCUCGUGUCUGGUGGCGGGAAUCAUACAAAUGAUAGCUGGCUUUGUGGUGAUGGCGCUGGAAGCGCCGUGCUGUUUCGUGUGCAUCGAACAGGUGAACACACUGGCGGAUAAGGUCGACAGCAAGCCAAUGUUUUUCCGAGCGGGUCUCUAUUGCGCCUUGGCUGUGCCGCCAAUUUUCAUGUGUUUCGGACUGGCUAGUCUCUUUGGCAGCGGCUUGAUAUUUGCCACAGGCGUGGUCUACGGCAUGUUGGCGUUAGGCAAGAAAGCUUCGCGCGAGGAUAUGGCCGCCGCUGCCACAUCGCCUACACAAAUGUCAGGCGUCAAUGCGGGCGGCCAAAUGCCAAUGGGUGCCGACCAACAUAUCACACUCAUGGAAGAUCCCGAUGUUUGGCGUCCAACAUAAACUAGCAAUAACUGCCAAAACGAAAAUUAAAGCAAAACAAAUACCAACUAACAAACAAACCAACACGUUCCAACAACAGCAACAGAAACAACAACAACAACAACACACAUACAAAACUAGACACGCAAUACAAUAAAUGGAAAUAUAUAAUAGUUAAAUAUCACGAUGAUAGAACAAAUAUUUUACAGCGCAUAGUUUUUAGUGUUCGCUCCAAAUGAAAAAAAGGAUAAAUGAUAAAAACCGUUGUAGGCAUCAAAAAUAUAUAAGAACACCCACCAAAAUAAUAAAACAAUGUUUUCAUAAUUGUUACAAAAGAUUACAAAAAAAAAAAGAAAAGAAAAACAAAAACGUUGCGUAAUGUUGCAUUUCGACAUUUGUCGUCAAUAUGUAUUCCAUUUUAAAUGUUUUUUCGUCAAGCCGUGUUUGUUGAAAAUUACAGUUGCAUAUUUAUAAAUACAUAUAUACAUACACACACACACACUCUCUCACAUAUACAUGCAAAUAUUUUUAGUGAGAAAAUAUAUUGAAGAACCACACGAAAUUAAAGAAACUAAAGCUUCCACAUACACAUUCACACGCACACACACACACACACAUACCCACACAUACACUCAGAGGAAAACAUGCAAAACAAGAAAAUGGGAUAGUCUUGUAGAAGGAGCAAAAUUUAGAGCAAUACAUAUGUACAAUUCAAAAGUAUUACUAUAAUUUAUGCUUGGCUUCAAUGUCGAAGCCCAAUUCAAUGUUAAAUGUUAAUGAGAAUACAACUUUUGCUCAUUUUACCAAAGUAAAGAGAAAUCUAAAUAGCGCGUUAAAUAUUCAUAACGAACAAAACAGUAUGCUACUUGGCGGCAGUUCUUCAAAUAUUUUUCUAUAAACGCUUAAUGGAAUAAGUAAAUAUACAUACAUUUAGUGAAUUGCCCAACCUAGUUUAAAUAGAAAAGCCAAAUCAAAUCACGUUUUUUGUUUUGCAUUUUACA